AUGGUCCGUGCGCGUUUUUGUUGUGUAUAUAAGCGGGGUGCUGACACUGUAACAACUCAUACUUACCUUGAUGGCAUAGGCUCCUUCAAGUACCUGGGUUUGUGGGCCGUGGGGACCCUUCAUAGCACGGCGACCCUGUCCAUACAGAGGGUAAGCUACGGUUUGUAUGGGCUCCGGCUCAUGCACCGUCUCAAUAUUUUCCAGUCCUGCUAUGGCCACUCUGGCUAAGCAGGCCAUCUUUUUUUUUCGAUUUUUAGUAGUUCUAACCCUAACCCUAGUGUAUCCUAUAAAUGGAAAAUCUUAUUUAACUAGGCGGUAAAGAU